AAACACCACGAACAGCAGAAGAUAUGCAUUUCUCGACCUAAAUAUAGAGAUGGAAGAAAAGAUAAAGCUGUUAAGGUAAGAAUUUGCUAAAUAGAAGUAGUACAGAGCACAGCUCAUAUGAAGCUAGGAGACACACUGCGAUGUACCGUUGAUACUUUACGUCGUUGGACAAUAAAAACACAUUGUAGUGUGGCUCAUUCCAGAGUGAGUGUGUGUGUGUGUGUGUGUGUCUGUCAUAAUUGUCUUAUGCAUCAUCAGGUGUAUACCAUCAAUUUGGAGUCUCGUUACGUGAUGGUCCAAGGGGUCCCGGCCAUUGGGGUGAUGCCAGAGCUGGUCCAACUGUGUGCCCUGUACGGCGCUGUGGAGGAAUACCGGCCGCUGGAUGAGUACCCCGCGGAGGACUUCACGGAGGUCUACCUCGUCAAGUUCCAGAAACUCACCAGCGCCAGAGCUGCCAAGCGGAGAAUGGAUGAGAAGAGUUUUUACGGCGGCGUGCUGCAUGUGUGCUACGUCCCCGAGUAUGAGACCGUGGAAGACACGAGGCUGAAGCUUCAAGACCGGAGGAGAUACGUCGUCAGGGCUGUUCAGAGUAAAGCAAGAGAAAAGAAGCAGAGGGAGGCCGUGAAUGAGGAGACUACAUCAAACACAGGCCCCACGUCAGAGACGGUCAUUCCCAGACGUCAUAAAACGUCUGACAACGACAAUGCAGAGAAGACUUCAAACAUCAGCCACUGUACAGACUUUCCUCCACUGCCGUUACCUCCCCGGGAAUAUAAUUACUUCCUGCAUAAAAGUCACCAUGAGACUGUACCAACAGAAGACAAAAUGGGGACAUUGCAUAAUGCCAUCAUUGACAAAAACCAGCAGAAAGGGCACAGUUCAAGCUCCAGCCAAAGCUUACUAGGCAGUGACACAGAAUGCAGACUGACCUCAAGUCAGCCGUCUGCUGUUGUCCGAUUCGUCCCUAGAACCACACACUUGGAGACUCGGAAACGCAAGUUGACAGAUGCAGCAGUGCACUCACCGACAUAUGCUGCUAGAAACAAUGAGACGCUCAUUGGUCCAAAGCUACCAGAACCUCCCAAAGUGGACAUGGAGGAUGAGUCACUAAACACAACUGUAAGCCUGAUCAGGAGCACGAUGAAACAGGUGGAAUCCGUUCCUGUCCCCAAACCAGUAGAAAAAAAGCUGAAACCCCGUCGUCGGAUUUGAUCUACAGUAAUACGGUUCCUUAUUGCUGGAAUUUCUGCGUAGAUUGCUGGCAUUUCGUUGAAAAAUGACCCUUCAAAGUGUUUCCUUUGGCAGAGGGUUUUUAUUUACAAAUGUUGCAAUACAUGUUUAUUAAAGAAUGUUUCUAAAAUA